UGAAAUCAUCAGUUCAUCACUAUUUCUCUUUGCGAGCAUAGUUCAAUCGCUUCUAUCCAAAAAUGAAAUUCGCCGUAGUCCUUGCCGCCCUCGUCGCUGUAGCCAUUGCUGCUCCAGUUGAUGACCCAAGAGCCGCCCAAAUUGUCCGUCUCGAAAGCGACAACAUUGGUACCGAUGGAUACAAAUUCGCCUACGAAACCAGCGAUGGAACUUCUCGCCAAGAAGUCGCUCAAGUAAAGAACCUCGGCUCAGAAAACGAAGCUAUUGCUGUCCAAGGACAAUUCAGCUGGAUCGCCGCUGACGGACAACAAUACUCCCUUAAAUUCACCGCCGAUGAAAAUGGUUUCCAACCAGAAGGUGCUCAUUUGCCAGUUGCCUAAGUUACCUGAACCUCUUUGUGAUUUACUAUACGAUAAAAAAUAUUGGAAAUAAAUAAGUUCCAAGAAAAUAA